UAGACUUUUAAUCCAGCAAACAUAAGGGAUAGUGAGUCUCAGAGCUGGGGUCUCUGAGGAAAGUUUGCAUCUGAUCCACAAACCACAAAACAUCUUCCUGAAUGUCCCAGAAUACAACUAUAGUCUUUGCUUGAUUAUCUGGAGAGGAGACUAAGACGUAGGCUGUAGAGUUGUUUUUAUCAGUGUCAGAUGAGGAGAGAAGUGAGUGACAGAAAGAGAUAGAGAGCUGAGAUGACAGCUGUUUGACGGAAGAAAAGCAGGAAGAGACUGUGUACAUGUGUCAGACAUCAGAUGUAAAAGCCAGAGGAUGCAACAGAUCAGAGAAACACAGAGGAACACAUCUAUAUGAUAAGAAUGACUGAAACUCCAACAGAGAUUGAGUUAUCAGUCCAAACAUCAUCAGAGCCAGAACCUGAGAGGGGACCUGAGCUUCAACCUCUGUCUCACUUGCCUCCAAACACCCAAAAUCUCCACCAGGCACAGCAACAAUCCCAACUCCAGCUCAGUGUUCUGCCUCAGCAACAGCUGCCAGAGUCCAACAGCGAACACCAGGAUCAAAGCCAGUUCAGUGAAGAGGCCAAACCAGUGUGGACUCACCACAGAAAGCAGCUGUGCCGCUUUGUGGGGAUCUGCUUAUGUGCGGUCAUUGUGGGACUAGUUUACUUUACACAUCAAAAUCUCCAAAGUAGGAGUGGAGGGAAUAAGGAGGCACACACUGUCACUCCAUGUCUAUCCCCAGCCUGUCAGUGGGCCUCGGCUCAUCUCUCCAUGUCUAUGGAUCCCUUUACUCGGCCCUGUGACUACUUCCUGUUUUCAUGUGGAUCUGACUGGGGGAGGGGGAGACAAAGAGGCCAGGGCAUCCCUGGACAUCCACAGAACCAAAGGGGACAAAGUGACAGGAGAAAAGACAGACGACUGAGAGAGGAGAAAAUAAAAGACAGAAAAACUGCACUGCUGCAGCAUCUCAGGGAGAUCUUGGAAUCCAGUGGUGGCCCAGCUGGUUCAGCAGUGCAGAAGGCCAAAGGAUUCUACCAUUCCUGUUUGGACAUCAGAUCCAUAGAGGAGGCAAGAGAAGAGCCCUUCCUCACACUCAUUCAAAAUCUGGGGGGAUGGGCAGUGUCAGGUCAGUGGAAUCAGUCUGAUUUUAACUCCACCCUGGGCCUGUUAAUGAGAGACUACGCCACCUUUCCCUUCUUCAACCUCUAUGUAGGCAAAGACCCAAAGGAAAUCGGCCAUGGAACAAACAGAAGAUACAUUCAGAUUGAUCAGCCAGAUCUACUGAUCCCAAUCGAAUGGAACAGCAAAAUAGAAAAAUCUCAAGUUAAAACUGAGACACUUCGUCCGUUCUUGGCAUCGUGUCAGAGGUACCUGGACCUACUCGGGGCUCCACUCAGCAGCAAUAUAAUCCAUGUGGGCAUGUUCAUCUCUCUGUCCUCUGAGCUGGCUGUGGCUGCUGCACCUCUGCACUACCGCCUGUCAAAAGGGCAGCUCUAUCAGCGCAUGACCAUCAAAGAGCUGCGGGUACACAAACAGCAGAAUCAGGCCCCCCUGAUUGACUGGCUGGGCUGUCUGCAGGCUGCUUUUCAUCCACUGUCUCUUUCUGAAGAUGAUCACGUCCUCCUGCAUAAUUUGCCAUACAUCAUACAAAUGUCCCGUACUGUUGGCAAAUGGCUGAACAGACAUGAGCUGAGCGCCAGAGGUCCACUUCAUACCUACAUGAUCUUCAAUCUGCUGCACACCUUGAUGCCUGCCCUUGACUCCAGAUUUUCUGAAACAGUAAGGAAUUUGUCAGUGGCUCUGGGUAACAAUGAGGGGGUCGUUCCUCGUUGGAAAAGCUGUGUGAUGGAGACUGAAAGAGGAUUUGAUUCAGUUCUCACACACCUUCUUAGUGAAAGGACAGCACGCACAGAGGCAGAGGAGAUAAUCCAAAAUAUUUUCUCCUCUUUCAAGUCAAAGCUUCAGGAACAAAAGUGGACAGAUAAGAAGUCUUUCAAGUUUGUUAUGAAAAAGGUUGAGGCCAUAAUUCCCAAACUUUGGACCAAAGAAGAGAUGAAUGCAGUGGCGCUUGACCUGCUUUUUUCUAAGGUGACCAUCAGCAGACACAACUUCUUCUCAAACUACGUCCAGUUGUUGUCUCUGUGGCAAAAGAGGCAGAGUAAACAUCUGUCUGAGCAGGCUGCGGUGGAUGAUAUUCUCUCUGUCACACCAUUUCUCCUUGGUAAUGAGCUCAUCUUUCCCCUGGGAAUGUUUGUCCCUCCGCUCUUCCAUCCCACGUAUCCCAGGGCCAUGAAUUAUGGCGUCGUGGGUUUCCUUAUUGCUAAAGAUAUCCUCCACCUGCUGCUGCCUGACAUUCACACUCAGAGUAAGACGGUGCAUGCUGUGGGGGAAUGUGUGUGGGCUCACUACCUCACUGUGACAGAGAAAGCAGGCAGAGGUGGAGCGUUUUCUCUCUCCGCAGCGCAACAGCAGGAGGUGUGGGUGCAAUAUUCUGCACUGCAGAUAGCACUGCAGGCUUAUCAUCGGAGUCUGAAGAACCACCCAAGUGACACCUCCCUCUCAGGACUCUCAAACACACAUCUGUUUCUCACAUCUUUUUCUCAGGUUAACUGUGACUCUGACCCGUACAGAGAAUUCAUGCCCUUGGAGCCCUCCUUCCUGAUUACAGCCAUUUGUGCCAAACCUAACCUGUGUCCUACAAACCUCCAGUGCACCAGUAACACCCAGCAACAUUUAUUAAACCCAUGUUGAAGAGACUCCUCUGAAGACGAACAGGACUUUUUGUUGACCAGUAUUUUGAAGUGUAUGACAAAACAUAUACUAUGUGAACUAAGAGUUAAUAUAAAUGAUGAAAACAGACAAUUUUUGUACUAGCAUUACAUGUAUGUGUAUCUCACUGACUGCACGAGCUGCAUUAUAUUCACAUGAAUUAAAGUACCUUUUGAAUAAA